AUGGAACACAAAAGAUUGCGCAAAGGACCGCUGCCUGGAGGUCGCCAGGGCGCGUCUGGAGUUGGCACUGGACGCGACAGCAUACAAACCGCCAGCCGAGCGCGAAGUGCUGCACGACCACCCAGCAGCCCCUCGCAUCCAUCAUCCCCACCAGCUUUCUUGGUGUCGGCAGGGUCUACGCAGGCUCAGCAAUCGGCACCCGCCACUGGUGGAGUACGCCGCAUGCGAUGGACCAUCAAUAUGAAUACAAACGCAUUGCGGGCGUAUUUUAGAGUGAAAGGGGGAGAAGUUGGAGGUUUCACGUAUCGGGCUAGGAUGCAUCGUCUUGUUACUGAGCUAGAGCCAUCUAUUACCGUCACCGAGCAAAACCUGGCAGACCGAGUUCGGUAUAUCUUACGCUCAAAUAUAUUUGAUGGCGCCGAACUCGAACAGCUACGACUUGAGGUUGUUCCCUCAUCAAAUGAAAAUGCUACGACUGAGGAUGCGGUGCCACAAGUUGCAGAACAACCCGCACACGUGGAUGCCGCCGUGAAUACACCAGUGAUUGCUGAUUCAAAUGAUGAUGGAACAUUCACCCAGGAACUAGAAAUAGAGCAAAUAAGGAGUACAUUUGAAGAGGCGAUUGUGGAAACGCGCAGUACGCCUCUCGAAAAUCAACCGCGACUUCCCCGCAUAGCCCUAAGCAAGCGGAAUCGGGCUGUCAUGAGGGCUCUGAACCCAAUGCUGGUGACCUAUUUGGAAGCCAGCCGGGACCUUUGCGAGACGGACUCAAUUCUUUUUGGCGCCGCGCUGGCAGUCUGCCGUACUAUAGGCGCCAAGGUUUCCACGGCUGGAUGCGCUACUGGCCAAAGUAGCUCUAUCCCAACAUGA